AAUUUUGGGAGUUGUAGUUCCCGGAGCCGGAAAUGGGGGCGGCAGGGAUAGAAACCGCAGCUGAGGAAUCCGUCACUGACGCUGCUGACGCUUGGGUGUAGCACAUCCCUGGGAGCCCAGCAGCCCUGGGUCCCGCCUCUGUUUCCGCGGGGCUCAGAGAAUCCUGGCGGCCGAAGCGAUAGGGUCGCCUCUCCCCGGCCAGGAGCGGCCUCGCAGCACCAAAUGCGGCCGGACGGCGCGGGAAUGGAUCUGGGUGGCUGCGAAGAGCGCCUGCCGGAGGAGAGCAGGCGGGAGCACUGGCAGCUGCUGGGCAAUUUGAAGACCACUGUGGAGGGGUUGGUGUCAGCCAACAGCCCCAAUGUCUGGUCCAAGUAUGGUGGCCUGGAGCGGCUUUGCAGGGACAUGCAGCGCAUUCUCUACCAUGGGCUCAUCCAUGACCAGCUCUGUUGCCGGCAGGCAGAUUACUGGCAGUUCGUGAAGGACAUCCGCUGGCUCAGCCCCCACUCCGCCCUCCACGUGGAGAAGUUCAUCAACUUGCAUGAGAACAGCCAGAGCGACGCUGCUGGUGUGAGCGAGCGCGCUGUGGCGGAGCUGUGGCUGCAGCACAGCUUGCAGUGCCACUGCCUCUCGGCGCAGCUGCGGCCCCUGCUGGGGGACAGGCAGUACAUCCGGAAAUUCUACACAGACAGCGCCUUCCUGCUCAGCGACGCGCACGUGACAGCCAUGCUGCAGUGCCUGGAAGCCGUGGAGCAGAACAACCCCCGCUUGCUGGCCCAGAUCGACGCGUCCAUGUUUGCCAGAAAGCACGAGAGCCCACUGCUGGUGACGAAAAGCCAGAGCCUGACUGCUUUGCCCAGUUCCACACAUGCCCCACUGACCAGCUGCGCUCAGCAUUCCUACUUCGGGGCCUCUUCCAGCCUGCACCAGUCCAUGCCCUACAGCUCAGAGAGAAGAACCACUUCCUUUGCACUCUCUGGUGCUCCCCAGAGACCCCAGGAAGGCGGAGGACACCUGUCCCCAGCAGAGGAACAAACCACCCAGGCCCCCCAGCUUUCAGACUUGGCACCAGCCUCGGAGUCCCCAUCAGCCCUACAAGAGAUGAGCUCUGGGGCUCCAACCAGCCCGCUGGAGGCAUCCUGGGCCGGCAGCCAGAGUGACUCCCCGAGUGACGGCAGUGAGGGCCCUGAGUACCUGGCCAUCGGCAGCCUGGACCCCCAUGGCCAGCCCAGCAGCUGUCAGAGCCCCAGCAGCAAUGCUGGGAGCAGCAGCUCGAACCUGUUCUCCUCCAGUGGCUCCCAGAAGCCUGGCUCUACUGCUUCUUCUUUAGGAGACCAAGAGGGCGGCAGGCAGAGCCAGCUUUCCAGCAUCCUCCGCAGGUCCAGCUUCUCAGAGGGGCAGACGCUCCCUGUCACGGGUGGGACGAAGAAGAGCCACAUCCGCUCCCACUCGGACACCAACAUCGCCACCAGAGGAGCCCCAGGAGGCCCCAGGAAUAUCACCAUUAUAGUCGAAGAUCCCAUUGCAGAGGGCGACCAGUACCCAGGCUCAGGAGAGGGCAUGUUCCGGAGACCGUCGGAAGGACAAUCCCUCAUCAGCUACCUCUCGGAGCAGGACUUCGGCAGCUGUGCGGAUCUGGAAAAGGAGAACGCCCACUUCAGCAUCUCCGAGUCCUUGAUUGCCGCCAUCGAGCUGAUGAAGUGCAACAUGAUGAACCAGUGCUUGGAGGAGGAGGUGGAGGAGGAGGACAGCGAUCGAGAGAUCCAGGAGUUGAAGCAGAAAAUCCGCCUCCGGCGCCAGCAGAUCCGCACCAAGAACCUGCGCUCGGAGUACCAGGAGACAGAGCACGGGAGCUUUCGGGUCACCUCCAGCAGCUCCCAGUUCAGCUCUCGGGACUCAGCCCAAUUCUCCGACUCUGGCUCCCCUGAUGAGGUUGAUGAAUUUGAAAUCCAAGAUGCCGACAUCCCACGGAGCUCGGCCUUGAGCGGCAAGCACUUCAUUUCCUCCCAGUCCUUCUCCCACAGCGCCCUGCACUCCACGUCGGCUGAGGCGGUGGCCAUGGGGCUUCUGAAGCAGUUUGAAGGCAUGCAGCUUCCGGCGGCCUCGGAGCUGGAGUGGCUGGUCCCAGAGCACGACGCCCCUCAGAAGCUCCUGCCCAUCCCCGACUCCCUGCCCAUCUCGCCAGACGACGGGCAGCACGCGGACAUCUACAAGCUGCGGAUCCGCGUGCGCGGCAACCUGGAGUGGGCCCCACCCCGGCCUCAGAUCAUUUUUAAUGUUCAUCCAGCCCCAACGAGGAAGAUCGCUGUGGCCAAGCAGAAUUACCGCUGCGCGGGAUGUGGCAUCCGGACUGACCCUGAUUACAUCAAGCGGCUGCGGUACUGUGAGUACCUAGGCAAGUACUUCUGUCAGUGCUGCCACGAGAACGCCCAGACGGUCAUUCCCAGCCGGGUGCUGCGCAAGUGGGACUUCAGCAAGUACUACGUCAGCAAUUUCUCCAAGGACCUGCUCCUCAAGAUCUGGAACGACCCCCUCUUCAACGUGCAGGACGUCAACAGCGCCCUCUACAGGAAGGUCAAGCUGCUCAACCAAGUGCGGCUGCUGCGGGUGCAGCUGUACCACAUGAAGAACAUGUUCAAGACAUGCCGGCUGGCCAAGGAGCUUCUGGACUCUUUUGACACAGUCCCAGGCCACCUGACAGAGGACCUCCACCUGUACUCUCUGAAUGACCUGACCGCCACCAAGAAGGGGGAGCUGGGGCCGCGGCUCGCCGAGCUCACCCAGGCAGGGGCUGCCCAUGUGGAGCGCUGCAUGCUCUGCCAAGCCAAGGGCUUCAUCUGUGAGUUCUGUCAGAAGGAGGAGGACGUCAUCUUCCCUUUCGAGCUGCAGAAGUGCCGGAUCUGUGAAGAGUGUAAGGCGUGCUACCAUAAGGCCUGCUUCAAGUCAGGACGCUGCCCCCGGUGCGAGCGGCUGCAGGCCCGGCGGGAGCUGCUGGCCAGGCACAGCCUGGAAUCCUACAUGUCCGACUACGAGGAGGAACCCGCGGAGGCCUUGAGCCUUGGAGCCACCGUUCCGGAGGGCACCUGAGGGAAGCACGCUGAGCCCUCCGUCUCAGGGCCGGGUCACACAAAAUGCAGAACUGAGCCACCCUUUGAAGGACUUUGCCCUUGGGGCUUUUUUUUUCUAAAUUAUUAUUUUUUUAAUGCCUUGUCUGACGUCCACAUGUAGCUGACCUCUGUUCGGUUGAUGGGUCCAGUCCGUCGUGAUGACUGACUAGUAGGCACCAGUACCUUCCAUGGGGACUGACACGCGGGUCUGAGUGAAGCUUCUAGUGCCGCUGGCAGGGAGUGGACGCGAGAGCCAGUUCCGUCCCCAUGGUCUCCACAGGACCAGCCCUGGCUGCCGUGCAUCGCCAGUAUCACCUCCACUUGUUUCUAGUUUUAGAGCCUCUGAGCCCGGCCUCUCAGCCAGCUGUCUUCUCCUUUGCUGCUGUCACGGUGGGUGGGAUUUUUUCCAUCCGGGUCCUGAGAUAGGGAGACGCGGGGAGAACGGAACCCCAUGGGUGGCUGUCAGGCUUGCACAGGCACUGGAAGGCCAUCAGAGCAGUCGCUGCUGCCCUGGAGCGCACGGACCUCCAGGACACAGCCAUAAAGUCCCUGCUCAGAGAGUUCGAGGCAAACAUGGUGGCUCACGCUGACGCUUCAUCUACCCGGCGGGCUUGAAGCAGGCAACACGACUGAGGCGCAGGCCCGGCCCAGGUGUAGCCUGCACCACAGCGUGAGCGAGGCACGGCCGGUGUUGAGGAGCGUUUGUCCAGGUAGAGGAGCCGCUGGCGCCCUCGGGUGUCUGGGUCUCUGGUGACUGAGCCGCUGGGCGCAGGUGCGAUCUUUCAAGCUCAGGAGCCCCUGAUGCCCUAAGUUAAGCACGGAAACCUUGCUGUGGGCCAUCUUAGCGCGGGUCCCUUACUGCAUGCUGUUGGGUGGUCACAGUGGUUCUCAGUAAAGACAGCCCAGCUCUGCUCUCUGUCCCUUGUACCACCAAACUGGGACCCUCGCUGGUGGCUGAUCUCUUGCCUUAGUUUCUUUUUUUCAGAGUUGGAGAAAACCCUCCCUGCUAUUCGUAGUGUUAGAAAACGUGACAGUUUGUGGAUGUGACUGUGAAUGUCCCUGCAUUCUCUGGAUAACGUGUCUGUACCCUAAUUAUGCACUUACCUCUUUGUCCCCCACCCCCGUGACAUUCCUACGUCCAGCCAUUUUCCUGUGCCUGGUUUUAACAUGCUUCCCGCCCCCACGUUAGUGUGUAUUUUGAUGGGAAGAGCACUUGGCUGGGGCUUGGUAUACGUUUGUGGUGUUCUUGAAGUUGCUGUAAGUCCUAACUGCCAUGGGAAACGCUGGUCGGGUCGCUUCUCCGAGGCGGGCGCUCGGGGCCCUGACCUGGCAGAGUUCUGGGACUGACACGAUGCUUGUCUUCCCAUAGUUGGUCACUAGUAGAGAAGCUUUGGCCUGGGCACUGCCCCGGAAGCCGAACGGAAAGUCACACAUGGUUGGUGGAAGCUGAUUUGUGCCGGAGCCGCGGGGCACAGGGCUCUCUCGAGGAAGUGGAAGGGACAGUAGGGUGACAGCUAAAGUGAAGCUCUGCGAGAGCGCGAGGAACGAGGAGGAGCUGGCCCGGGCGCGGGAUCUUCUGCUCUGACUCGGGUCACGAGGCUCUGGGCGGGUUCUGCGCCCAGCUCCCGGCCGGGCGCUCGGAGCCGCGGCCCAGCCCGUCCUGCAGGGGGCUUCGAGACUGACUGCACAUGUCACUGGGGCUUGGCCUCUGCUCCGGACUCGGGCGUGUAAACGUGAGCUCUGCUUUAGGGUUGGGCUUAAAUUUCAAACCCAUCUACUUACCCACGUCACUACACUGGAGGAGCCACAGCUCUCCUGUUCCUGCCACACAGGACCGGGGCCGAACUCCGCCGUCUUCCAGGACCCACGUUACUCCGUUUCCCCGGCUCCCUGCCCAUCCCCUUACAUGCCGUACGUCUUCACCUGACACUAGCCGUUGUCAGAGGCCAGACAGCCGUGUAUUUAUUUACUGGAGAGUCAGGAGAGGGGCCCGAGGAAGGGAUGCUGGGAAAGCACGUUGAGCCGAGCAUACCUGGGAGCCCGGCCGCCGCGGGGCGACUGAGUGCGCUGACGAGUCCCUCCUGCGUGACGCGGAGGGAAGGGGGCUUUUCUGUACAUAAAGGGAACACAAGCUUGCUUCCAAGGUGGAGGCAGAGUCGAGACGUUGCAGAAGAGUGGGAGGCAGACACGUCCCCCCACGAGGCUGUUACCGACUUUCUCUGCCGAUGUCCCAGCGCUUUUGUUGCCUUAACACAAAGGAGCAAGUCUCAGUGGCAGUGUGGCGGACACGCCACUCGUGUUUGAGCUGGGUUUCCGCUCGCCGCUGAUCUCGCACAGCCUAACGGUCCACUGUCAUCUCUAAUAAACUAAGUGAAAGCUG